UGACGUGCCAUGUUCUUUGGUUGAAAGACUAUAAUUUAGACACCCCUUUCAAAGAGAGAGUGAAGUACUGCCUUUGAUAAUGACUAGAAAGUAGGAAAAAGGGAAAUAAUAAGGGGAGAAAGAAAAUGAAGAUUUCUAUUUAAAAAUUUAGUUGUUUCAGGACAUGCAGAUAGGAAGAAACCAGAACAGUCAUAGAAUAGUAGAGGUUGGGAAAAUGACGCCUUCCUACCUUCUGGGGCUGAUGGUGGCUGUAUUCUGUGUUUCUGGGAUGUGUUCCACCGACCCGGAGAAAGUUCAGAUUGAUGACCAGGUCCAGGAGAAACAACCUGGCAGGAUAAAUCAAGAUUCCUCUGCAAUAUUCACCAGCAACGCUGACUUUACCUUCAAGCUAUACAAGGAGCUUGCUUCACAAUACCCUGACAAGAAUGUCCUUUUCUCUCCCCUGAGUCUAUCCACUGCCUUUGCCCUCCUUUCUCUGGGGGCCCAAGGAAGCACCCAGACUCAGAUAUUAGAAGGCCUGAGAUUCAACUUGACAGAGACUUCAGUGACUGAAAUUCACAGAGCCUUUCAAGAACUCAUUUACUCUCACAAUCUCCCAAAUGAUGAGUUCCAAUUAAGCACAGGAAAUGCUUUGUUUGUUGACAAAAGUAUGGAAUUGCUAGAGAAGUUCCAGAAUGACAGUAAAGUUUUUUAUUCAGCCGAAGUUUUUUCUACUGACUUCCAGGAUUCUGGUUUGGCAAAACAAUAUAUCAAUGAUUAUGUAAAGAAGCAAACCCAAGGAAAAAUCAUGGAGUUGUUCAAGAGCCUCAGUAAAGACACAAUAAUGGUACUUACGAAUUAUAUAUUCUUUAAAGCUAAAUGGAAAAAACCAUUUAAGUCAUCUUACACUUCAGAGCAGAACUUCUUUGUGAGUAAAGACGAGAUUGUUAAAGUUUCCAUGAUGAAACUGGAUAAUUUUUACACCCGUGUUUUUCAUGACAAGGAGCUUUUCUGCACAGUUGUAGAACUGCCAUAUAAGGGUAAUGCUACAGCACUUUUUAUCCUUCCUGAUGAAAAGAAAAUGAAGGAUGUUGAAAAUUCUCUCUCCCCAGAAGUUCUGGAAAAAUGGAAAAAUUCACUUGAAGAAAGAUAUAUCGAUCUCUUCUUGCCAAAAUUUUCACUCUCUAGUGACUAUCAGCUUGAGAAGAUUCUUCCCACAAUAGGCAUUGAAGAAGUCUUUACUAGCCAAGCUAAUCUUUCUGGCAUAGCUGGACAAAAUAACCUGAAAGUUUCCAAAGUGACCCACAAGGCUGUGAUGGAUGUAGAUGAGGCUGGAACAGAGGCUGCAGCUGCCACAGGCAUGGAGUUUGUACUUACAUCAGCUUUUUUAGUUCCAGUCGUUUCAUUCAAUAGACCAUUCUUGACAGUCAUAUAUAAGGAUAUAAUGCUUUUUAUGGGGAAAGUUGUCAACCCUAAUAGUGCACAGUCCUCUUGAAGAAGAAGGUGAUGGCAGGCCAGAAACUAACAAACUUGGAACUAAAGGGGACAGGAUAUCUAAUCCCAGGUGACUCUGUCAUAUAUUGGGUGACCCUGGGCUAGCCCUGUCUUCUCUGUAAAUAUGACCUUCUACAUCUGUUUUAAAAAAAGUCCUCUCAACAUACCUUGAAGUGUGUAUUGAUUAUAUAAACACUUUUGGAAUAGUUUGGAAAUGCUUGACAAAUUUUGGACACCAUUGCCUUAAAAAUGAAAUAUUAAGCUUAUUUUUCAUUAUAAUAAAUAAAUACAUCAUCAAGAAAC